AUGACCAGUACUGAAAACAACAAUAACAAUAGUAAUAAUAUUCAUGAUGGUAAAUCGGAAAAAGAACAUGCAGAUGCAAUACAUAGUCAACAUUUCAAGACAGAGUUGAUAGCUGGUGCAAUGUCGGGUGCAUUGACUAGAUGCAUAGUGGCACCUUUGGAUGUUGUAAAGAUACGAUUCCAGCUGCAGAAACACGAUACUUCACAUGCACACCAAAGUGCAGUCUACAAAUCCACGCUUCAACAAGAGUACAGUGGUGUCUUUCAAACAUUGUCCAAGAUCACACGAGAGGAGGGAUACCGUGCACUAUGGAAGGGUAAUCUGACAGCAGAGAUUCUAUGGAUUUCAUAUGGUGCCGCUCAAUUUGCAUGCUAUUCUUCAUUGAAUAGAAUACUAGAUGAAAACUACACUAAAAAUAUUUGUAAAGAUGAACAUUAUAAACCACCUCCCAUCAUUUCAUUGGUAUCUGGUGGUUUAUCAAGUGCUGCUGCUACUCUUUUAUCAUACCCAUUUGAUACAAUUAGAACAAAUAUAGUAUCAAAAAAACAUCAUGUAUCAAUUUAUGAAACAUUGAAGGAGUUGGAAAAGACUAGAUCGAUUUAUAAUGGUGUUGGUAGUUCACUAUUACAAAUUGUGCCAUUGAUGGCACUGCAAUUUACAUUUUAUGAAACACUUAAACAUACUUGGAUCAAUUUGAGAACUAACCAUGGAAACGCAUCUACGCAGACGGCAAAGGCCGAUCCAGUUGGACAAUUUAUAUGCGGUGGCUUGUCAGGUGCCAUGUCUAAAUUCCUUGUACUUCCACUAGACGUUAUUAAAAAAAGAUUACAAGUUUCAAAAGGAUCAACAAUGCAUUAUACAAUUACUACAAUGUAUAGAUAUGAAGGUUGGAAAUCAUUUUUCAAGGGAGCAAUUCCAAGUUUAAUUAAAGCUGGAUGUUCAUCUUCACUAUCAUUUAUGUUUAAUAAUACAACAACACAAAUAUUAAAAAAUUAA